UGGUUCGGCCUUGGUCACAUUGACAUGGACACCAAAACACAAGAUUCGGAAUUUGUGGAAAUUCAUCCAAAAAUUAGCUAUUUAAGUGCCCAGGAGCUCAUUGCGCAUCGUCACACUGAAUUCGAACCUCCGAGUGGAGGUCUAAAACGAACUAAAAAUGAGGGAACUGCAGCGGAAGUUGAGGAGCUUAAACGAGCGCAGGAGUAUUUGCGGGCUCAAUUGUCAGUGCCUCGGAUAGAAAGACUCGGAGGAAGGGCUCUUGCCGUUUGGCACGAGGAGCAACAAGUGGCAGAAGUCAAACGCAAAGAUGGGAAAUUCGAAAAUUUCGGAUACAGCGAGCAGGGAGUACUCUACUUGGAGUACUACGAAGCGAUGUUCCUACUAGAAGUUGGACGCUUACAACUGGAGUACUGUGGUUUCGUAGUUUCAAUCGAGCAAGCUUAUGUGCUCCUUUUGGAAGAGAUGGAAAGCGAAAGGUACACCAACUACCUAGUUUACUCGGCUUUAUCCCGAUCUGGCUAUAUAGUCGUAAAGCAUGCGCCUCAUCAGGAAAUUCCCCAAGAAGUUACGAGUGCAGAUUGUAUUUGGGCACUGCUGAAGGAAAAAGUGGAAAAUCAGCCAGUACCACAUCAUAUCAAAACUUCACCUUUUUACCUUAUCGCGGAAAAGCGUAUGGAAGAUGUGAAGGAACCUAUAAUAUCUCAAAAGGCAGAAGAUCCUAAUAUUGUUGUAGAUCCCAUUGAUUUGAAAUUCGAAAAACGAAAACGUAUGGCUGUAGAAAAACCAACUGAGGAACCUGCAAGUAAAAAAGAAAAGUUCUCCACAACGGGUCGAAGUCUCGUGGAUCAACUAAAAUGCGAAUUUUCAUAUGCCAAAUUUGAAGAGAUCUUUGAAAAAUUCGAUAUGGUGCAACUUAAAAGCCAAGAUUAUACCAAAGACCAAUUAGAUACUCCCUCCGCCUUGAAGAUAAUCUUUAAUCUACAUCUGCACAACAAGGGUUUCAAAAAAAGUGCACCCAACGCGCCCAACUUUAAUGUAGUUAUACUUCCUACGCAGGUGGCGUUUCCCACCCACGACCAAAUCUCCAAGAUGAAACAUCAAAAUCUUCUCACCGCACCACUGCUCGUCAUAUCCGAGGUUCCUAUGGUGUGGAUUAUGGGCGGUCCGGGUAGCGGCAAAGGAACUCAGGCGCAGAAAAUUCAAGAGCAGUAUGGCUUCAAGCAUAUUGACCCCAUCGCAUUGGUCGAAAUGGAGGUAGAAACAAAAAGUCCGGCUGGCCAAAAAUUUCAAAAAUCCUUAUCAGCGGGAACUGCAAUACCCCUACCACAAAUUGUACCCUUGAUUGAAAAACAAUUGAUGAGCCAUCGUGGAGUGCUCAAAGGCUUCGUCAUUGACGGAUACCCUGCCGAUUUGGAGGAGGCUGAAAUAUUAGAGGAUGGCUUCGGGUCGCCGAACUUAAUUAUUGUGCUGGAUUUGGAUCAGGCAACCGGAAGUACACGCAGUUCAUCCAGUCGCGCCCCACGCCCAAGUCUAUCAAUGUACAUAGAAAGCUCUAAAGCGGUUUUGGAAAGAUAUCCGCAGGCCGUUUUGAAAAUCGAUGCUAGCCAAGAGCCGGACACAAUGUUUCAGGAAAUCAAGUUAAAUAUGGAUAACAUCUUUAAACGUCAUCACAAAGUGGAAAUAGCUCGUUAAAGAGUUAGAUACCUUACUAAUUGGCCAUACCCAAACUGAAUUAAAAUGAAUAUAGAAAAAGAGAACAUAAGUAAGGAUUACAGCCUGCGUAUUACAAUAAAUCAAAUUUGAAUUUGAUCAUGACAAUAAGAAUUGGUAGUCUGGAGUCUAAUGUCUACCACCUCAAAAAUUCAAAUUUUGACCAUUUCGGGUUAUACUCGUCAACGCAACGGCCAAAACAAAAGCACUGUUACUCGGAAAGCUUUGUGCGGAAAGCUCGCGUGUCUGUGCGCAGUGAAACCGUUAGCCGAAUCGGAUCGAAUC